GAUCAAUAGGUACUGUAGCAUGUCUGCAGCCAUCAUCACAUCGAGCGCUUUAUGGUACUAUGAGACUAUCACGUCUGGAUGGCCUGUGUGGGUUAUGCCAGGGGUAUGCUCCAUCUUGGUAUGCUCUGCCGUUGUCCGCUGGACCAACGUUGGACGAGUAGUGUGAGUUCUGCUGAUGGACCCGCUGUGGUUGGCCCUCGCAUUCGUCAUGUAUAUUGCAGAUUUGCUGGUGGUUCUGCCUCUGGUGUGUCUUAUUUGCAUGACCGCUCGCCAUAUUGCUUCGCUCCAACCGACUCCCCCGACGCCUUUCACCCGCCAGCCGACCGCGACUGAAUGCUCCAUAUGCCUCGAUAUGGUGUGUGAUACCUACUGUAUGGCGUGCCCAGCGUGUCCACAGGCGUGCUGCGUGUCUUGUUUAACGACGCACGUCCACAACAAAGUGGCCGACAAGUGCCGGUACCUGGGGUGCCCGAGCUGUGGGACUGCACUGGGUGCAGGAGUUCUGGGCCGAGUGAUGACGGCUAGCGACCGCGUCAAACACGACCAGCUGGCCCAUCAGAGUGUACAGCGCGCGUUCAAGUGCCCGAGAUGCCACGCCAAGUGCGUCAAGACCACGGAGGACUACCUCGCGUGCACCGGGUGCAGGGCUACGUGGUGCUCGGAUUGUGACGGAAGAUCGCACUAUUUUACGUUCAUGUGCAAACAAAGGGCGUUUCGACGGUGGCGCGUCAAGCACGACGUCCGCCAGUGUCCUCAGUGCAGAUGCUACAUCGAAAAGGUCGAUGGGUGCCACAUGACGUGCACCCGGUGCAAGCUCCAGUUUUGCUGGACGUGCCACGAAGUGUAUCCGUGUCGAAAGAGAUGCGACGUGCCUUUGCUCGUACGUAUAGUCCUGGCAUGCUUGCAGUAGUUUUUUUAAAGACCAACGUAGUAAUAACGUUAUAAAUAGAUUUUCGUGGUAACAUUGAAUUUCAC